GCAUAUGAUCGAGAUGAUGGUUCUAAUGCUAUAAUCAAGUACAAUAUUGUGGGUGGAAAUGAAGAAAAGUUGUUUGAUAUUGAUGAAGAUACUGGUGUAGUCUUUUCAGUAGAAAAAUUAAAUUUUGAAAGACAGACUGAAUAUGCACUACAUAUAGCUGCUCGGAAUGUACUGCCGUUUCAAGGGCCAAAAGCUUCAAAACUGGCAAAUCCUUUCGUUAGACUAAUCAUUAAAGUUCAGGAUGUUAAUGAUGAAUUAGUUGUGUUUUUAAAACCAAGUUAUGAAUAUAAAAUUAAAGAAAAUACAACAAGAAGUGUCACUGUGGGUUAUGUAAAUGCUAGUAAUCCCCAUAGAGAACCAUUAGACCAAGAUAUAACUUAUUGGAUUGGUGAAGGAAACUCUGAAGGAAAAUUUUGGAUUAAUCCAAGUAGUGGAGAACUAAUUCUGAUGGAUAGAGUAGAUAGAGAUCCUCCUGAAAAUCAAGAGUUUUUCAAAUUAAGGAUUUUUGCAAGAGAUCUCCUAUCAAGAAAUCAAUUUAACACAACAGUUCCAGUAACUAUAUUUGUUGAAGAUAUAAAUGACAAUGCACCUACAUUUGAUGAAGAAAAAUACGUAUUGGAAUUGCCUGAGAAUUUACCUAUUGGUACACAACUUCCUGGAUUUUAUAAAGUGAAAGACAUUGACAGUGGAAAUAAUGGAAAAAUUGAAAAUUAUACUUUAGUUGGUUCAGAGGUUUUGGCUGUUGAGAAAAAACCAAAUGUUAAUCCAGAAGCUAAGAAAAGCACAACAACAGUAGAAAUACAUUUAUUAGAUGCCAAUGAUAAUAAUCCACAGUUUGUUCCUGAAAGCAUAUAUAAUUUUCAUGCUACAGAGCUUGAACUUCCUGGAACUAUUAUUGGCAAU